CGCUAAAAUUGGUGCCACCCUCUCAAACUUCAUUCACGCCCCUUUCCCUUAAACCCUUUUUUUCUUACAGUUUCCCUUCUCUUCCCUCUUCUCAAACAACACCACAAUUCCAUAACCACAUCAAAACAAACAAACAAUCAAACAUGUCGUGUGCAGAAAAAUUCCCUGUAAGUACUUCUUCUCUAUCUUCUUCUUCAUCAAAAAUUUUCACCAACGUUUUCACAAAACCUCUCCUGGGUCAUUUUCCACCCCGUAAUCCAAGAUGGGUUUGUCCCCCUCUCACUUGUCUUCACUCACAGACUCCACCUUUACCUACUAAAUUUUCAUCCGUUAAUAACAAUAAGAAGAAGAAAAAAACCAAAGAUUAUGACAAUGUUUUAACUUCAAUUUUGAGGUCAUUAGAAUUGUCAGAUGAUGUUGAAGAUACCCUUGAUGGUUCCUUAGUUGAAAAUCUUAGUCCAAAAGAAAUCACUAUCAUUCUUCGAAAACAGAGAAAUUGGGAACGUGUUGUUAGGGUAUUUAAGUGGUUCAAAUCACAGAAAGGGUAUCUUCAUAAUGUGAUUCAUUAUAAUGUUGUGCUUAGGGUUCUUGGUAGAGCUCAACAAUGGGAUCAGUUGAGACUAUGUUGGAUUGAGAUGGCGAAAAAUGAUGUUUUGCCUACGAAUAAUACUUAUAGCAUGCUUGUUGAUUGUUAUGGCAAAGGUGGUCUUGCUAACGAGUCUCUUUUGUGGAUUAAGCAUAUGAGGAUGAGAGGUUUUUUCCCUGAUGAGGUUACCAUGAGUACUGUUGUUAAGGUUUUGAAAGAUGUUGGUGAGUUUGAUAGGGCUGAUAGGUUUUACAAGAAUUGGUGUGUUGGCAAAGUUGACUUAGAUGAUCUUGAUUUCGAUUCUUCGACUUUUGAUAUCAAUGGUUCUAGAUCACCGGUGCCUAUUAGUUUUAAGCAGUUUCUUUCCACCGAGCUGUUUAAGACAGGUGGAGGAACUCAGGCUUCUAAUGGUAUGUUGUCGUUGGAAAGGGAGAAUGCUCCUCAGAAACCUCGACUCUCUACCACUUACAAUACCCUGAUAGAUUUGUAUGGCAAGGCUGGGCGGCUGAAAGACGCGGCUGAUAUCUUUGCUGAUAUGAUGAAAUCUGGAGUGGCGGUGGAUACUUGCACUUUUAAUACAAUGAUCUUUAUUAGUGGAAGUCAUGGCAAUUUGUCUGAAGCUGAAUCUCUGCUUGCUAAAAUGGAAGAGAAGGGUAUAUUGCCUAAUACUAGAACUUAUAACAUAUUUUUGUCCUUGUAUGCUAAUGCAGGGAAUAUCAAUGCUGCUCUUUCUUGUUAUAGAAGGAUUAGAGAGGUCGGGCUAUUCCCAGACGUUGUAACUUACCGUGCUCUUCUCGGUGCAUUGUGCACGGAGAAUAUGGUUGAUGCUGUGGAAUCUGUGGUUGAUGAAAUGGAGAAAUCUUCUGUUUCUGUCGAUGAACAUUCUCUUCCUGGUAUUGUCAAGAUGUAUAUCAAUGAAGGAGAUCUUGAUAAAGCAAAUGACUUGCUUCAGAAGUUUCAAAUGAUUAAGGAACCAUCGUCUGUUAUAUGUGCUGCAAUUAUCGAUGCUUUUGCUGAGAAGGGAUUUUGGGCCGAAGCGGAGAAUAUGUUUUAUAGGAAAAGGGACAUGACUGGACAGACAAGGGAUAUUUUAGAGUUUAAUGUCUUGAUCAAAGCAUAUGGCAAAGCAAAACUUUAUGAGAAAGCUGUUUUUCUCUUCAAAGAAAUGCAAAAUCAAGGGAUUUGGCCCAACGAUAGUACCUAUAAUUCUAUUAUUCAAAUGUUAUCUGGUGCUGAUUUAGUGGACCAAGCAAGGGAACUUGUAGUUGAAAUGCAGGAAAUGGGGUUUAAGCCACAUUGUCAAACUUUUUCUGCUGUUAUUGGAUGCUAUGCUCGUCUUGGUCAGCUUUCUGACGCAGUCAGCGUGUACCAGGAAAUGCUAAGAGCCAGCGUAAAACCAAAUGAGGUUGUGUAUGGAUCUCUAAUAAAUGGAUUUGCAGAACACGGUAGUCUCGACGAGGCACUUCAAUACUUCCAUUUGAUGGAAGAAUCUGGAUUAUCAGCAAAUUUAGUUGUGUUAUCAACCCUACUAAAGUCUUAUUGUAAGGUUGGCAACUUGGAAGGAGUGAAGUCCAUCUAUGAGCAGAUGCAGAAAAUGGAAGGCGGUCUUGAUUUAGUUGCAUGUAAUAGUAUGAUCACCUCACUUGCCGAUCUCGGCUUGGUAUCUGAAGCGAAACUGACUUUUGAAAAUUUGAAAGAGAUGGGUAGGGUAAAUAGUAUUUCAUACGAAACAAUAAUGUAUCUUUAUAAAGAUGUGGGCCUGAUCGAUGAGGCCAUCAAGAUAGCCGAGGAGAUGAAACUGUUGGGUUUACUGGGGGAUUGUGUUUCAUAUAACAAGGUACUGGCGUGUUACACUGUCAAUAGACAGUUUCACGAGUGUGGUGAAUUACUACAUGAGAUGAUGGUAUCUAAGAAGCUUUUGCCAAAUGGCGGUACUUUUAAAGUGUUAUUCACUAUAUUAAAGAAGGGAGGGUUUCCUGUUGAAGCAGUGGAACAAUUAGAGUCGUCUUACCAAGAGGGUAAACAUUACGCUUCGCAAGCAACCUACACUGCUUUGUACUCUUUAGUUGGUAUGCAUACUUUGGCACUAGAAUCUGCCCAGACAUUCUUAGAAUCUGAGAUUGAUCUCGACUCUUCAGCGUAUAACGUCGCAAUCUAUGCAUAUGCUUCAGCUGGAGAUGUUGACAAGGCGUUAAAUAUAUACAUGAAAAUGCGGGAUAAGCAUGUGGAACCGGACAUUGUAACUCAUAUUAAUCUGGUAGGUUGUUAUGGAAAAGCUGGCAUGGUUGAAGGUGUAAAAAAGAUACAUAGCCUUUUAGAAUAUGGAGAGAUCGAGCGGAGCGAGUCGUUGUUCAAGGCUAUUAUGGGUGCCUAUAAAAUUUGCAAUAGGAAGGUUAGUCAAGGUUCGGCAUUUCACGCCGCUAUUUGAGACUGACAACAACAUAGACUCCAGGUAAGGAUUUCUCUCUCAUUUAUAUAUCAGUGUUCUACUAUAUGAUACAAUGAUGCAUGAAUUGUUAAGCUAUACAUUAGAAAAUAAUAUAGGGAUUUUGCAUUAAUCGGUUGUUUGAUUAAUCAGGACACUUAUUUUUAAUACAUCCACUAACUUGCUUCUCUAGUAUCAUUUUUUUUCUCUUAUUAACUUUCUCAUUAGGAAGAAACUGUUCAGAUCAUCUAUUUAUAAUCCAAUAAUGAUUGCAAAUUCAUUUUCCUAUCAAGAGGUAUUACGGAAUCAAUCAUGUAAAGGAACUAUCACUUUUUUAUCCUAUUGCAUAAUUGAAAUUCAAAAUACAAAUCCACAUCUAAACCAGGGUCGUCUGUUAGUGAGUUCAACACCUUGAUUAGCAACAAAAGCUAGACUAAUCACAAUCAAAUUACUUUGCCUCUGUUUAUUUAACUUAUAUGUGAAUAAGUGUAAGCAAUUCUUUGGAUUAUAGAACAGUUCAACUGCAUAUGACUUGAUACUCUAUUAUUUAGUGUGUUCGGGAAUAAGAUUUUCACGGUGUGACUGUGGGUCGAUGCGCAUAGGCGUAGCUUUGCAUAGUUCACCAUGAUGAACAACAUUAUUCUUGCUUAUUUUCCAUUAAAUAAUACAUUGACCUAUUUUUCUACAAUGCUAAUUAAUUAAGCAUGAUUACUUUGCAUUUUUAAGUAAGAAUUUGUUUCUGUUUUAUUUGAAAGCUAGCUUGUAUACUGAUGAUAACGAUUGAGUUUAUAUCUAAGACAUUAGUGAAUAGCUUUUUU